AUGCCUGCCUCCCGGUCUCCUUCUCCGGAGAACAAUGUCUUCGCCAUCUCAACCACUCUCGUGCCUGAGCGCGAUAUUAAAAAGCCCGCCACAACCAAUCUUACCUUCGACAAUCUCCUCCCCUCUGAUAGGGCCCUCGUCCUGCACGAGGAUCUGCAAGAAGGAUGUGGCGGCCAACUCUGGCCCGCCGGCAUGGUCCUAGCAGGAUACAUGCUCAAAUACCACCGGACCGACUCACUGCGAGGGAAGUCCGUAGUGGAAAUUGGCGCUGGCGGUGGAUUGGUGGGACUGGCCGUUGCGAUCGGCUGUGAACUCGACCACGAGCAAAAGAUCUACAUUACGGAUCAAAUACCUAUGCUUGCACUGAUGAAGAAGAACAUUGCGCUCAACAAGCUGGAAGAGAAGGUCGUUGCAGAGGUCUAUGAUUGGGGCACGUCACCUCCACCCGCCAUUCUGUCCCCUGGUGCACAUCACCCUGAUAUCGUCCUUGCAGCCGACUGCGUUUACUUUGAACCCGCUUUCCCCCUACUACUCCAGACACUGAGCGACCUGAUCGGUCCCGAAACCACCUGCUAUUUCUGCUUUAAAAAGAGACGGAAAGCGGACAUGCGAUUCAUUCGUGACAUGAACAGAAAUUUCCACGUUGAAUACGUCGAGUACAAUGGGAAGGAAGCAGAUCAGAAAGAAGGCAUAUUUCUAUAUGCUGUAAAACGAAAGAGGAAAGAAUAA